GUGUGUCAGUCAGUUAAGCUGAUUGCAACUAGCGAGUGUCCACACAGAGCUGGGUCAAUCGACGUGGAUCGAAGGUGUAGGUGGGAAUGUGGGUUUGCAUCGUGUAAAUACAGCAUACGGGGCUAUGUCAGUAUUGUUGAAAGAUAAAUAUAUUUCAAGGAUUAAGUUAGCGAGGGUAGAUUGAGCAACCGCCGGGAUUGAAUAAACUUCUAUAAGUCAGGUUUUAACAUAGGCGGAGCCACUAUUUGCUAUAUAUUUAGUAUCAGUAUUGACUGCGGUAAGGGAAGUCCACGUAGCUAGGUACAGGAGGCGGAUACCAAAACAGCUCAACUCAAAGUUUGACCUGCGUAGUUUAAGCAAAAAGAUGGGUGACACAGUCAACUAUCUCCUGAUGACAGUUUUCAUCUCGGCGGUUUUCAUGAUAGUCAUUAGUGCUAAAGCAAGAGUUCUAGAAACGAAGCUCGGUAAAAUUCGUGGAAAGACAGAAACGAUUCACGGGCAGGAAAUAGAUGUUUAUCUCGGCAUUCCGUUUGCAGAACCUCCCGUUGGCCAUCUACGUUUCCGAACACCAGUCCCCAAGAAGCCGUGGACACGUACUAUUGACGUCACUGAAUAUGGACCAAUGUGUAUGCAGACUCACUUUCUCUCCCUUCCUGACAUGUUACUCCAUACUGAUAUGUCAGAAGAUUGUCUCAAUCUUAAUGUGUACGUCCCUGUGUCUGAAGAUAAGGCACCCAAAGCAGUGAUGGUUUGGAUACACGGUGGGGCCUACGCUGUUGGUCAGGCACUGGGGACUCCCUGCGAAGAACUGGCAUUACACGGUGACGUCAUUUGCGUCACCAUCAAUUACAGGUUGAACCUGUUUGGAUUUUUAACAACGCUGGACGAAAAUGCACCAAGCAACAUUGGACUGUGGGAUCAGCACGAGGCCUUGAAAUGGGUCAAAGAACACAUCUCAACAUUUGGUGGUGAUCCAGAAAGCAUUACCAUAUUUGGUGAAUCUGCCGGUGGUUCUAGUGUACAACAUCAGGCAGUGACUAAAUAUAACAUUGGGUUGGUUAAACGUGCCAUCAGCCAGAGUCCACCCACAUUUAGUAACGGAUUUGCUUUCGCGGGAAACCCUCUUCGGUUAGCCAAGGAAUUGGCCCUCAAACUAAAUUGUAACACUUCAGAAAACCGAGAUCUCAGCGACACUUUAAAAUUGGUUAACUGUCUGCGUUUGGUACCCGCCGAGGUUCUUCUCAAUACUUCCGGUGAGCUUUUAACACCAGGUAUCACGAGCGAAACCGAGGAAUUCGGAACAUUUCCUUUCGCUCCAGUAGAAGACGGUGAUUUUGUGCCUUUUGGUUUAAAAGAAUAUUUUUCUGCUUCCAAAACGAGGAGCAAUCCAGAAAUAGACAAAGCUUUUAGUAAAGUUGAUUGGAUGGUUGGAUCACUAGCAGACGAAGGGAAUGGCCUGCUUUACACGGCGGCCAUGACGCAAGAGGAUGACGGGUACAACAUAACAUCCGGGAUACCAGAGAAUAUCUUAAACACAAAUCUGAUCACUCCGUUUUUAAAAACAUUGUUUCCAAACAGCCUUGACAUAGUAAAAAAGCAUAUUCAUGACGCGUACACACACAAGGACGACCCAAUCGAAAAUUCCCUCGCUGCGAGAGAAUUUUUCAGCGAUGUUGUGAUUCAUCAGCAAGUUGUGGAAUCAUGCCACGCCCACCUGAGAUCAAAGGGUAAUGCCCAGAAAUCUGCUACUUACUCCUAUAGCAUCAGUCAUGUUUUGAGCGGCAAAAACGUGAUUGAUUAUUAUUUUGGCUUCAGUCUACCUUCCUGGGCGAAGACUGCCACACACGGAGACGAUUUACCUCUAGUCUUUGGAACAAAAAUCUUAAAAGAAGGUGUGGAAUUUGACUGGAAUGAACAAGAUGAAAAAACCGCCAAAGUUGUGAGGACAUUUUGGACCAAUUUUGCAAAAACGGGAAACCCAAAUCAAGGACUUCCCCUAGAGGGCGUGGCAACAUGGGAAGAAUUCACCAAGGACAAGAAAGGCUACAUCAACAUUGGCAAACAAACUGAGAUGGAAUACGAUCUACACCCUGAAAGGAUGAAGCUGUGGAUGUAUACUAUACCUGAGGAAAUAGAAAAAGAGCAAAGAAACAAACAAAAGACUGAACUCUAAAAUAAAUAUAGCAAAUAUCAUGUGAUAAAGAAUCAACCGUGUAAUUGUUCCAAGUUUUGCGUCACAGAAUAUUUUUAGAAGAUACUUAUUUCAAAUUAAUAGUAUUAUUCUGUGGUGUAUACACAGAACUCCUGCAGAAGCCGCAUGGGAAUAAUACAUGUAAUAGAAAUAAACUACGAGAAUCUUUUCCACUUCGCACAGGAUACACUGGAAUAAAGCACAACACGUUUCACC